AUGAUCCAGACUAGAUCAGUCGCUGUGGGCCUGGCACUGGCGACCUUGCUGUUUCUCAGCCUUAUUGUCGAUCUUGUUUUCGCAUGUGUGUUUGCUUGGGCUGUGGAGUACAUAGGUACCUACCAGCUCACGCGAGUCAAGGGUGGCGAAUCUUCACAAACCUUCUCGAUACCAAAGGAAAAGUCGAGACCUUCCAAACGCUGCUCAUGCUUCGCCCUUGGCGCUCUGCUCAACCCUGCUGACAUCCCUCUUCUUUCAGUCGCCGCGGCCGAGAACCCAUCGUCUUCACAACUGACGGCUGAUCUCACCAUAUCUUCUGCAGUGCUAGCCGCCGCCGCCGAGCACAUCAUGAUCUUUUCGGACUUUUACAAAGGCUCGCGCUCGCCGCUCGCCCGACUCCGUACCGGCAACCCACAACUCUCCUCCAAACUGCCCACUACCUCCCCGGAUUGGGUUGGCGACGAGUAUGUGGACUUGCUUAGCAAGGACAAGGCCAAGAACAAGGAGGCUAUUCGCCGUUACCUUGCUGACAAGGUACGCUACGACUGGGUCUUCGACUGGCCACAGCAGCUUGCCCCAAACUCGCCUGGUAAGCCUCCCCAGCAGGAUCAGGCGCAGGCUGUCAGUCCAAAGGCGGCCAAACAAGACAAGGUGAACUCAGAGACAUCCGCUGGCCUUGAUGCAAUAGAUGAUGGCUAUCAAGUCGAGGACUCCGAACUCGAGUCCGACGGCGAGUCUGUGUAUAGUGUCGUCUCCGCAGACGAUCUCCACUGGCAGCCCCGUGCCGAGUGGACGUCCGAUAUCGACGACCAAGGAGACGACUCGUCUUUCGAUGACUCACAAUCCUCACUGCAACUUGCUGGUAUCGCCCGAAAGGCGAAACGUCGCCGCGCCAUCCGCGAAGAGGCAUCGUGGAACCCAGGACUCGCCUGCUUCGAGGCCCGGCGCAAUGCCUGGACCGGCGCAAAGACGGCACGCGUCCGUUCAAAGCCCGUCACCGCCACAUCCGCCCAAACCCUCUCGCCACGCUCUCCACGCCGCUUCUUCUUUCGCCGCAGCAUGUCGAGUUCGCCUCCUACCGCUGCUGCGUUGGCGGCGGCGCAUUCUGCAUCUGUCGAACUCUCUGGCACUGCAUCCGACUCUUCAUCCAUCCCCCAUGACGAGCUACGUAGAGUUGACUCUCAAGUCGACGGAAGCACUGCUAAUACGCCCGCUACCUCCACCGCCACCGAGGAAACGCGCAGCUACCCCGUGGAAACGAUGCUGCCGCUCGCCCAGCCUAUCUUACCACCCAACAACCCGUUGCGUGCGUCUAUCACUCCCAACGUCUACCUUGGUCUCUACGAUAAAGUCAUUCUGCAUAAUCUUCAACCGUCGUGCCCUAUCAACCUCGCCGACAUGAUGCGCUCCUGCGUCGUGGGGUGGAAGCGCGAUGGCGAUUGGCCUCCUCGCUCCACACCCUACAACCCAUCUGCAGCUAAGAAAAAGAGCCCAAAGUCCAAGAAGCCAGCAGCGGCUACGGAACCCUCGACACAACCUACAGAAACCGAACCAAAAGCUAGCCGCAGACUUAGCUUCAAUCUCUUAAAUCGUGACAAUGACGAGUCCCGCACGGGAAAAGGCUUCCGCCGGAGUUUGCAGCGCGCUUUUGGCAUGGGGCCUCUCCCAGGCCCUGGGGAGACUGCUUGA